AUGGUCUCCCGACCAACCCUCCCUAAAUACCUUUCGCUGCACAGGUCCAAAAGCGCGACUCGAGGUUCCGCCAACUCCGCUUCAGAGCCCAUCACUCCGCCUGCAAACCAAAGUCGCCAAACUAGCCCCGGUCAGUCCGCCAACAUGUCUGGCUCGGCGCAGAAGUCCCCAGGCGACCAGCGAGGUGAUCACAAAGGCAUGGGCCUCGUCCUGCGCGUCCAGGUCAUCAAAGGACGUGGCCUCGCAGCCAAGGACAAAUCCGGCACCUCGGAUCCAUUCCUGGUACUCGCUUUGGGCGACUCGAAGCAGGCCACGGGCACCAUGCAGAAGACUUUGAACCCGGAAUGGAACCAGACCCUAGAAUUCCCCGUCGUCUCGGCGGAUUGCGCCUUGCUGCGGGUGGUGUGCUGGGACAAAGAUCGGUUCAAGAAGGACUACAUGGGCGAGUUUGACGUUGCGAUCGAGGACAUCUUCCACGCGGGAGUGACGACUCCAGAUUCGAAAUGGCACCGCCUCGAGGGAAGGCGGACCGGUGGGAAAAAGAAGAAAGAUGAGAAUGUCUCGGGCGAGGUGCAGCUGAAAUUUACCUUGUACGAUGCCAUCAACACGUCCGCCACAUCACAGCAUGUCAUGUCGAAGCUGGUGGGAAUCAUCGGAGAUCUCGGACAGGAUGACGAGGACGAGGACGAGGAGGACCUGUUGGAAUUGACCAACAGCGGCGAGCAGGAAUUGGACGACUUGGCGGAAGAGGACGAUGACAAGGAGCCGUCGGACGAGACUGACGGUGGCGCUCACACACCCGGCGGUAUUGCUGAUCAACAGCAGAAGAAACGUCGGCGUCGACGACUCAGGAGGAAACGCAACCAAAAAGCGCUUCAAUCAUACGAGUUUGGUGUCACCUCGGAUGUCUCGGGCGUGUUGUUUCUGGAGAUUGGCAAGAUCACAGACUUGCCCCCAGAGAAGAACAUGACCGGCACAACUUUCGACAUGGAUCCGUUCGUUGUGACAUCGCUGGGCCGAAAGACUUAUCGCACCAGAGUCGUCAAUCAUAAUCUCAAUCCGGUGUUCGAUGAGAAACUGGUAUUCUCCGUGCAGAAGCACGAGCUCAACUUCAGUCUAUCGUUCUCUGUUGUGGACCGCGAUAAGUUCAGCGGCAACGACUUCGUCGGCACAGCGACUUUUCCGCUCGAUCAGAUCAGGGCUGCCGCACCCGAAGCGGACCCAGAGACCGGCUUGUAUCAAUUGCCUGAUCCGGAUGCGAUUGUCGAAGGAGAGCGAGAACGACGAAAGCGCUUCCGUCUGCCCAUGUCGAGAAGCACUAGUCAGACCAACGUGGGCCGGGUCAGCCGGAACACCUCUGCCAACAAUCUGAAAACUUUGGGACUGACAUCGGAGGCGAAAGCUGCGGCAAUUUCCGGACGGCCACUUCUAGCGCAUGGCGUCUCAGAGUUGUCAAUUGCGGACGGCUCAAGGCCUCCGCUGUCACAGAUGAACAGCAGCGUCCCCAGUGUCACAAGCAACCCCGCUGAUGAUUCCGAACCUCUUCAUGGUCACGAGGCUGACCUCAAGUCGUAUGAGAUACCUCUGGAGUUGAAGAACAAGUCGCGUUGGGAAGACAAGCACCGGCCUGUGCUCUACAUCAAAGCGAAAUACCUUCCAUAUCAGGCACUACGACAGCAAUUCUGGCGAGUCCUGCUCCGUCAGUACGACGCCGACGAAAGCGGAAGGAUCGACAAGGUCGAACUGGUCACGAUGCUGGAUAGUCUGGGCAGCACUUUGCACAACAAGACCAUCGACGGCUUCUUCAAGCGCUGGCAAAAUGUGAACGGCGGAGUCGAAUUCCUCACCGCUGAUCAGGCCGUCAUUUGCUUGGAAGAACAGCUCAACAAGACCGUCCGUCACAACCAUCGCUUUUCGGAAUUGUACGAUCACAUCGCGAAGCCUCACGUCUUCCAUCAUCAAUCGGCGGAACGCAGUCCAGUGGGAGGUAAUACACCCAACAUGACUGCCUCCGAUUCCGCGCCGUUCAUGCCUCCUGGGACCGCGCAGAUUCCCAAAUUGGAAGUGAGCGAAUUGACAGAGGAAGGCGAGCCGAAGAGACUCAAUGUGACUGGAACCGAGUCCCCCGGUGAAAUGGAUCUCGAGGGCGACCUCAAUGAUGAUCCCGAAAGCAAGGAGGAGCAUGUCGUCCAGAUCCAUGAGUGUCCAGUCUGUCAUCAGCCCCGACUUGCCAGGGGACGACGUACCACCGAUGCCGACAUCAUCACGCACAUUGCGACAUGCGCCAGUAGUGAUUGGCGUGCGGUGAAUAACCUAGUCAUGGCAGGGUUUGUGACCAGUUCGCAGGCACAAAGGAAAUGGUACUCCAAGGUCAUUUCGAAGGUCUCUUACGGCGGCUACAAGCUCGGUGCCAACAGUGCCAACAUCCUAGUUCAGGAUCGAAUCACCGGAAUGAUCAACGAGGAGCGGAUGAGUGUUUACGUACGGUUGGGCAUCCGCCUGCUGUACAAGGGCCUCAAAAGUAGGGAAAUGGAGAAGAAAAGGGCUCGCAAGCUCUUGAAAUCCUUGUCGAUCAAGCAAGGCCGCAAGUACGACGACCCCGCCUCGGCGGCCCAGAUCCCCGGCUUCAUCAAUUUCCACCAACUGGACAUGAGCGAAGUCCUCCGCCCGACCGAAUCCUUCAAGAACUUCAACGAGUUCUUCUACCGCGCCCUCAAACCCAACGCCCGGCCCUGCUCCGCCCCGGAGAACCCGCACGUCAUCGUCAGCCCGGCCGACUGCCGCUCCGUCGUCUUCAACCAACUCGACGACGCCCAGGCCAUCUGGGUCAAAGGCCGCGAGUUCAGCGUCGAGCGCCUCCUCGGCGACGCCUACCCGGAGGACGCCAAACGCUUCCGCAACGGCGCCCUCGGCAUCAUGCGCCUCGCCCCGCAGGACUACCACCGCUUCCACAUCCCCGUCGACGGCAUCAUGGGCGAGCCCAAGCUCAUCGAGGGCGAAUACUACACCGUCAACCCCAUGGCCAUCCGCUCCGCCCUGGACGUCUACGGCGAGAACGUCCGCGUCUGCGUCCCCAUCGACUCGGAACGCCACGGCCGCGUCAUGGUCAUCUGCGUCGGCGCCAUGAUGGUCGGCUCCACCGUCAUCACCCGCUCCGCCGGCGAGAAGGUCCGCCGCGCCGAGGAGCUGGGUUACUUCAAAUUCGGCGGCUCCACCAUCCUCUUGCUCUUCGAACCCGGUGCCAUGCAGUUCGACGAGGACCUGGUGGCGAACAGCAAGGAGGCGCUCGAGACUUUGAUCCGUGUCGGAAUGUCCAUCGGUCGCACCCACUCCCAUCCGCCGCAUACCCCCGACAUGCAGAAAGCCAACCCCACGCCGGCGGAACAGGAGGAGGCGCGCAGGAAAAUCGCCGGCUCGCUCUCGGAGAACACGGGGGCCACUGCGCUGGGACUUUGA